UGUGUUUUCUGUUUCUUAAAGAUGGCCACACCGAGUAAGACCCCGCCGGGCGCCGACCCGAAGCAGCUGGAGCGGACAGGGACCGUCAGAGAGAUCGGCUCCCAGGCCGUGUGGUCGCUCUCCUCCUGUAAACCAGGUUUCGGAGUGGAUCAGCUGAGAGACGACAACCUGGAGACGUACUGGCAGUCAGACGGAUCUCAGCCUCAUUUAGUCAACAUUCAGUUCAGGAGGAGAACCACGGUGAAGAUGUUGUGUAUUUAUGCCGACUACAAGUCAGACGAGAGCUACACGCCGAGUAAGAUCUCCGUCAGAGUCGGGAACAACUUCCACAACUUACAGGAGAUCAGGCAGCUGGAGAUGGUGGAGCCCAGUGGAUGGAUUCACAUCUCUCUGUUGAAUCAGCGCACAAACGAGCCGAUCAGCACCUUCAUGAUCCAGAUCGCGGUGCUCGCCAACCACCAGAACGGCCGCGACACACACAUGCGUCAGAUCAAAGUCUACACGCCCGUGGAGGAGAGCUCCAUCGGGAAGUUCCCACGAUGCACCACGGUCGACUUCAUGAUGUACCGCACCAUCAGGUGAUCUGGACUGACACGACAGAGAGAGAGACCACCUGAGUUUUGGAAUAUAAAAAAAGAAAAAGAUCCAGAAAAGAGACUGAUCUGACAGGAUGCAGAUUCACGAUGACAGGACGGAUCAGUGUGACGCUGCUCAUCAUUAAAGUUUAUUAAAUGUGAUGGGUUUUUUUUAUAAAAUGUUGAAUUUUUCAAAUAAA